AUGUCUUUCAACAAAGGCCCACCUAUUCUGGAUGGAAAGAAUUAUUUCUCAUGGAUCAUCAAGAUCGAGUCGUACAUGCGUGCUCAGGACUUGUGGUAUAGAGUAGAAGAAGAAGACCUACCAGUACUCGGAGAAGAUGCAAGGGAGGAUGAAAAACUUCGCUACAAAAAUCACACCAUCAACAAACACAAAGCUGCUUCUCUUCUGCAUGAUGCUCUAACUGAGAGCAUGUUUACCAAAAUUGCAAACUGCAACACACCAAAGAAGAUAUUUGAUCGUUUGAAGGCCAUUCAUGAAGGUGGUGAUCAGAUUCGGAAAAUCCAUAUUCGAAACCGUAUCUCAGAUUUUGAAGCAAAUCGGAUGAGUUACAAGGAGACUGUUCAAGAUUACUAUGACCGCACAAUCGAAAUAGUAAAUGAGAUCCGAGCUCUUGGUGGGGAAUUACCUGAAGAAAAGGUUGUAGAAAAGGCGACUAUGAGUCUCCCGAAUAAAUUUGAGGCAAAGUUGUGCGCUUUAGAAGAAACUGACAAACUGAAACAAAUCACUUUUCUAGAACUUAUCAGUGCUUUGCAAGCUUCUGAAAAACGAAUGCAAAUCAGACCCCCAGAGGUUGAGGGUGUGCACGAGAAAACCGAAGUCUUAUUAUCUGCAGAAAAUCUUGAUCUUAGUAAUUUAGCAAUCAGCAGAGGAGCAUCAAAUUUGCAGGCUCCAAGCCAGGGAGGUUAUGUGCAGCAAAAUCCACUGAAAAAAGGGGGAAAUCGUAAAGAAAUCUACAAACCUUGCCCCCACUGUAAGAAGACAAACCACCGAGCUCAAUUCUGUUUCUACCAUCCUAAAGCUAUUUGCAAAAGCUGUGGGGAAACAGGGCAUGUUGAAAGAAACAAAUCGGAGACAUUCAAUGUAUUCAAAACUUUUCAAGCUUCUGCAGAAAGGCAAGCUGAAAGGAAGAUAAAGGCAUUUGCGGUAUUGAAUGGAGUAACAGCUUAUGAAAUGUGGCAUAAUGAAAAAUUAUCUUUGAAUCACUUACGUGUUUAUGGCAGUAUUUGCCAUGUGCAUGUUCCUGAUGAGAAAAGAACCAAACUAGAUGAGAAGUCUAAAAUUGGGAUUCUUGUUGGGUACUGCUCUGGGAUAAGGGGGUAUCGGGUGUUUGAUCCAGUUGGGGGAAAAAAUCAUCAUUAG